AACCUCCGCCUCUUUUCCCAUAAUUCCACAGUCAAAACAACAUGGCCGCCUCCUUCUGUGCGCAUUUCUGAGCUUUGCUAGCUUACUUAUCCGCAAGCCAUAUUCUAAGUUAGACAGUUUACUUGACGUGUAUGAAGUGAUAAGAGUGACAGAGCAAUGAUAGUCUUCUUUAUAACCUUAUUAACAAAUUCUCUGUCCUUUGUGUCCUCGGCAGCAAUGCCAGGGUCUUUGGACAGUGCCUGGCUUUAUGCUGAAGCUUUCCUGUUGGCCGUGUGGCACAACAGAUUAUACGUGUACACUGCAGCUGCGCUUCUUUUCGGGUUAUGGUUAACAGUGAACAUGACCAGGAAAAAGAAGAACCCUGUAAAAGCCCAAACUUCCAAAUCUGAGAAGCAGAAGGAGCAAACACCUGAAAAAGAGAAGGCUGUCCAUGUUGCAGGUGUAAGGAUUUUCUAUGGGUCACAGACUGGAACUGCAAAGGGUUUUGCCAGAGAGCUCGCAGAAGAUGUCCAGGCGCUCGGGUUCCAGUCUGAUGUAAUUGACUUGAAGGAUUAUGACCCGGAGGACAAAUUGUCAGAUGAGUGCACCAGUAAAAUGAUUUGUGUGUUCCUCAUGGCCACAUACACUGACGGCAAGCCCACUGAAAACGCUGAAUGGUUCUGUAAAUGGCUGGAGGAGGCUUCUACUGACUUUCGCUAUGGCAAAACCUACCUGAAAGGAAUGAGAUAUGCUGUCUUUGGCCUGGGGAACUCUGUGUAUGUUGGCCAUUACAACACGGUUGGCAAAAAUGUGGACAAGUGGCUGUGGAUGAUGAGUGCAGCACGCGUCAUGAGUCGCAGCGAAGGCGACUGUGACGUGGCGAAAAGCCGAAACGGCAGCAUCCAGGCCGACUUCCAGGCGUGGAAAGAUGAUUUCUUGAGGCGCCUUCAAGCCCUGGCCAAGGGUGAGAAGAAGACAUGCAGCUGCGAGUGCAAAAAAGGCUCGUGCAAGAAUAAAAAGAAGCACCAUGAGGAAUCAGAGGGCGAGAAGCACAGCUCUGAGGAGCUGUUUGAGUCCAGCAGUGAUCCAGAGUCUGGAGGUGAAGAGGAGAAAGCUCAUGGCUCUGUCAUCGACCUGGAGGAUCUUGGAAAUGUCAUGAACCACAUGAAGAAAGCUAAGAAACAAGUGGAGGAGGACCCGUCGCAACUGAGAAGACUGUCCAAACUGAAUGGAUUGAAGAAGACUGAGCCUGAGGAGGAGAGGAGGGAGAUGAUCACUCCAGCAUUGAGAGAAGCGCUCACUAAGCAAGGAUAUAAACUAAUAGGCAGUCACUCUGGUGUAAAGCUGUGCCGUUGGACCAAGUCCAUGCUGAGAGGGAGAGGAGGAUGCUACAAACACACGUUUUACGGCAUUGAAUCUCACCGGUGUAUGGAGACCACUCCCAGUCUGGCCUGUGCCAACAAGUGUGUCUUUUGCUGGAGACACCACACGAACCCCGUAGGUACUGAGUGGCGUUGGAAGAUGGACCCUGCUGAGAAGAUCCUCCAGGAAGCACUGGAGAACCACCGCAACAUGAUCCGCCAAUUUCGAGGCGUCCCAGGAGUUCGGCCGGAGCGUUUUGAGGAGGGUUUGGCGGUGAAGCACUGCGCUCUUUCUCUAGUGGGCGAGCCCAUCAUGUACCCGGAGAUCAACUCCUUCCUGCGUCUCCUCCACCAGUGCCACAUCUCCAGCUUCCUUGUCACCAAUGCCCAGUUCCCUGAAGAGAUCAGGAGCCUGGUGCCAGUCACCCAGCUGUACGUGAGUGUAGACGCCAGCACCAAGGACAGUCUGAAGCGCAUAGACCGUCCUCUUUUCAAAGACUUCUGGCAGCGCUUCCUGGACAGUCUCAAAGCCCUUGGAGAGAAGCAACAGCGCACAGUAUACCGCCUGACCCUGGUGAAGGCCUGGAACGUAGACGAACUGAAAGCCUAUGCUGAGCUCAUUGCCCUGGGCCAGCCAGACUUCAUCGAGGUUAAGGGAGUAACUUACUGUGGUGAGAGCUCAGCCAGCAAUCUGACCAUGGCCAACGUGCCCUGGCAUGAGGAGGUCGUCCACUUUGUGCAGCAGCUCGCCAACCUCCUGCCCGACUACGACAUCGCCUGCGAACACGAGCACUCUAACUGCCUGUUAUUAGCCCAUCAUAAGUUUAAAGUGGAUGGUGAGUGGUGGACGUGGAUCGACUACGAGCGCUUCCAUGAGCUCAUUCAGCAGUACAAUGAGAGCAACGGUGCCAAGACCUUCACUGCUCUGGACUACAUGGCCAAGACGCCCAGUUGGGCUGUGUUCGGAGCUCGAGAGAGAGGCUUCGACCCCUCAGACACACGCUUCCUUAGGAAAAACAAGACCAAGGAUAUCUCUGGGUGCUGAUGUCAAACACUUGCAGCUGGAUCUCCAUUUUUAACAUCUGAAUAAAAGAAAUACAUUUUAUAAAGACUUUAGUAAAAGGAUCUAGGGUUUUGAAGAUCUGUACGAAUCAUCAUUUCCCACAUAAGAAUAGAAUUUUUAAAAUCUUAGAUCAUUACUUUAUUUUCCAACACAAGAUCUCCCAUGUAAGUCUCCCAUGUCAUAUGUUCACCUUCACUUUAAAGAUUUCUUAUUCUUUUGUUUGUUUUUGAAAUAUCACACUCAGAAUAUGCUGGUAGCAUGUACCGAGCAGUGGACAUGCUCUGCAUUAACACUGCAGUCUCUCCGUGUCUCUUUUUCUACAUUUCCCCCGACAUGGCAGUUUCCGGUUUCUUAUUGUCCUCAGUUUUCACCCAUAGAGAAUCAGUGCGAGGCCUACAGCUUCAUUCAUUAACAUACAGAAAGUCUGAGGCAAAAAUAUUCCUUUAUUCUAUCCAUUUAAUUAAAAUGUCACUUCACACACUGGCUAGUUCUUCUGUGUAAAAUUAGCAUAAGGCCAACUUUGUCAUGAGCUUUAGUUCGAGGAGUUCUUUAGGGAAGCUAAUAUUGCUGUGACAUUGGCACUACAGUUUUUUUUUUUUUUUUUUUUUUUUUUUAAACUCUUGCCUUUUUCUCAGUCUGUGUGCUCUCUUGUGGUUUCCUGCUGUGAAUGUAGGUGUUACUUGAUUUUCUUUUUGUGAAUUCUCAUUAUCUUUUGUUCAAAGAGCUUUCAUCAUUUUGAGGUUGAGUUUUUCAUUUUUAUUGAGCCUGCUUUACGGUAAUAUCUGGAUUUCAAUGCCAGUUGCAGAAUGUGAGCAUAUCAUGUGUUUUGACAUAUUUUCCAAAUGUCUCUUUAUUCUUAGAUUGCUCAAAAGAUGUCUCAAAUGGUAACUGUUUUAACUGUUUGGAUCAGAAGGUGUGGUGCCUUAUUGAAUUCUGAAUAAAAUAUAUGAUAGUUAUUAAA